AUGAACAAUAUUUUCGCUUAUCUCAAUCGUGCUUCGUUCAUAUCUCUCCUCUCUCUUUUCGUUUCACUCUCUUCUUCUCACUUCUUUUCUUCUCGUCUUCUGUCCUCUCUCCCAUUUAUAUUAUUUUUCCUCUCCAAUUUUCAUCUCCCUCGUCGUCCUCUUCCAACUACCGCUCUUGCCUACACCCCCAAUACACACACUAUUUUUUCACCUACCUCGUCUUCGCCUUCUUUCUCAAUUACGCAUUUCUUUCGUUUUCUCCCCAACACUUUCCCACGAUUUGACUGUCAGUCUCAUUACAAUUCUACACUCCUUCUUCCACACCUAUACACACCUAACUACCUACUACUGGCUUCUCUAUCUAUCUAUCUAUCUAUCUAUCUAUCUAUCUAUCUAUCUAUCUCUAUCUCUGUUUCACUCGCACACGUACACACUCUCUCUCUCUAUCUAUCCUCAUACAUAUAUAGUUGUAUGAGAGGUUAA